AUGGCGCGCCGUGGUUCGAAACGUCCCCUCGAGGAGCUCGCCAAUAAGUCCGAUUCAGAGGACGAGGACUACAGCGAUCACCCCUACCGUUCCUCACGACCGGCUAGAAGGUCCAAGUCGAUCCCGAAGAAGUCGAGACCCGUGAAGAAGAAGCCUCGUCGCGACUCAGAUGACGAUAUCGUUUCGGAUGACGAAGACCUCAGUGAAGACCUUUCCUUUGACGAACCCGAAGAAGAUUCAGAUGAUCCGAACGUCGAGCGCAAUGCCAGAGGAACGGCGCGCCGACGAACCACUCAAGCGAGUCGCCCCAUGUACGAGGAACCCGGGUCGGAAGAGGAGAUGUUUGAGGACGACGGGGACGAAGAAACUCGGCCAGCUUCACCCAAGAAGAGCGUGAUGGUUACUUUGAAGGUUCGACCCGAGGCUCUUCGACAACAACCGACGCGACGAAUGACCCGCCACACUCGUGGCAACUCGGAAGACAUCUUUGCCUUGACCAAUUCUGGGCGGCACAUGGAGACUGUCGAACGGGCCACGCUCAGUCCAGAAGCGGAAAGUCACAAUCGCGGUUCUCGAGCGCGUCGAGGGAUCAAGCAACAAGUUAUCGAUGAAGAAGAUGACGAUGCCGAAGUCAUGGAGACCACGACCGAAGUCCGAGGCUCCCAGCUGGAGAUCCUGGAAAGCGAUGCACACCAAAGUGGCACCGAAGCUGAACCAACGGCUGUGAACCAAGGCGAGCCAAACCAAGCUGACACCGAAAUGGCGGACGAGGGCAUCGUUCCUGAAUCAGAGAACGGUGACGCAAAACACGACGCCGAAGACGAGGACGAUGACGAUGACGAUGACGAUGAAGGCCCCACAACCGGGCGGCGAAGCAGACCGACUCGCAAUGACGCUGCCGAGGAAGAAGCGGAACCGGAUGAAGAUGCGCAGCUACGCCGGUCAAGUCGCAAGAAGCCCCAGAGCUCGCAGCGCAAAGACCAGGACGAGGAAAGCGACUUUAAGCCGGAAGAAGAAGAGUCAAAUGAAGAAGACGAGGCCUCGGAUUCAGGUAAGUCCCAGGGCUCACCUCGCAAGGCAACUCGAGCUCGUGAAGAUGAGGAGGACAGCAGCACCAGCCGCCGUCCUGGUUUGCGUAAACGGCCCGAUCGAUCUCGUGGACAGUCGGAGGUUGCAGAUGAACUCGCCGAAGAGCUGCAAGAUUUGCGCGGUGGCCGUCCUCGUCGCCGGCUACAACCAGAAAUCAUUUACGAGAAGCCGCGGCGCAACCGCAAGGAUGUCGAUUAUCGCAUCAUUCGACCUGACCUGCUACUGCCCAUGGAGGAUGCGGAAAAUGAAAUGGUCAAUGAAUCUCCGUCUCGUCGUGGUCGCGGUGGAGCUGGCGCAGGCUGGCAGCGCACACUGUUUCCAACAUAUGGCCCAUUUGGCGGCGGUGGCCCGUCGGCAAUCCUUGGCCCUCCUGGUGCUCCUGCCGCAACUGGGGGUGUGGAUAGCGACAGUAGCGAUGACGAGGUACCUCAGCCAUCUAAGGGUCCUGGACUUGCUCCCAGUGGUGGACUCGUGCCGUCCGCUCAAACUCACUCAGCCGAUCCCGCCCAGAAUCUCUCUGGUACUCCCGCCAACUUGGGCAAGCUCAAGGACAAGCAGGCGUUGGCAGAUGCAGACCCGCUGGGCGUGGACGUCAAUGUCAAUUUUGACAGUGUCGGAGGCUUGCAGGGGCACAUCGACCAAUUGAAGGAGAUGGUCUCGCUUCCGCUCCUCUACCCGGAGAUCUUCCAGCGGUUCCACAUUGUUCCUCCUCGGGGUGUCCUGUUCCAUGGACCCCCAGGAACAGGAAAGACGCUCUUAGCUCGGGCUCUGGCAAACAGCGUCAGCUCAGAAGGCCGCAAAGUUACAUUCUACAUGAGGAAGGGAGCAGAUGCAUUGAGCAAAUGGGUCGGUGAAGCCGAGCGACAGCUUCGACUUCUUUUCGAGGAAGCCCGCAAGACGCAGCCCAGCAUCAUCUUUUUCGAUGAGAUUGAUGGUCUGGCCCCGGUGAGAUCCAGCAAGCAGGAGCAGAUCCAUUCGUCCAUUGUUUCAACGCUGUUGGCGUUGAUGGAUGGCAUGGAUGGCCGUGGUCAAGUUAUUGUCAUUGGCGCCACUAACCGACCGGACUCUGUCGACCCGGCCCUUCGUCGCCCGGGUCGUUUCGACCGCGAAUUCUACUUCUCGUUGCCCAACGUCGAGGGCCGUCGUUCCAUCCUAGACAUCCACACCAAAGGCUGGGACCCACCACUUCCCGGCGACAUCAAAGACGAACUCGCGGAGAUUACCAAGGGAUAUGGCGGUGCCGAUCUGCGGGCUCUUUGCACCGAGGCUGCCCUUAAUGCCGUGCAGAGAAAGUAUCCCCAGAUCUACCAAUCUAAUAAGAAGCUCCUGAUUGAUCCCAAGAAGAUCAAUGUGACGCCUAAGGAUUUUAUGCUGGCAAUAAAGAAGAUGGUGCCUUCCUCCGAGCGGUCUACCUCAUCAGGAGCGUCUGUGCUACCCAAGAUCGUUGAGCCUCUCCUUCGUCAGCCAUUGACCGAAAUUCAAGUUUUGCUGGCGGAGAUUCUACCCCAGCGUAAGAAGCUCACUGCUCUUGAGGAAGCCCAAUUCGAAGAACCCGAGGACGCCGGAGGGUUCCGACGCGAAAAAAUCGUGCAGGAAUUCGAUCAGUCUCGUGUUUUCCGCCCGCGGAUGCUUCUUCGGGGACCCCAGGGCAUGGGCCAGCAUUAUCUGGCAGGGGCUCUUCUGCAUAGCUUUGAGGGCCUGCAUGUACAGGCAUUCGACCUUCCCAUAUUGUUGAGUGACUCGACCCGUUCGCCUGAGGCAACUGUCAUCCAACUCUUUUCGGAGGUGAAGCGACACAAGCCCAGUGUGAUCUACAUCCCCAAUCUGCAGUCAUGGUACGACACAGUUGGACCCGCGGUGAUUUCCACAUUUAUGGGUUUGCUGCGGUCAAUACCUCCCUCUGAUCCAGUCCUGUUGCUUGGUGUCCUCGAGUCCACAGGUGAGGAAGUGGAUGCUGGGCUGCUCAGGAACCUCUUCGGAUUCUCCAAGAAGAACCUGUACGAUCUACGCGGUCCCAAUCAUGAUGCACGCCGCGAAUUCUUUGGGAAACUCAUCGAAUACGUGAAAACUCCCCCCAACGACUUUCCCGACCCGGAGAAUCGCAAGAAGCGACAACUGGAAGAGCUGGAACUCGCGCCACCGCCGCCUCCGAAUCCCGCAAUGACGCUCACAAAAGAGCAGCUCAAGGCCCAGAAGAAGAAAGAUCGCCAGACCCUCAAUCUUCUAAAGAUCCGAAUCCAGCCCAUCAUGGACCAAAUCAAGAAGUACAAGCGGUUCAGGACUGGUGUGAUCGAUGAAUCACAAAUUCGAUACCUGUGGGAAGAAGAGGAUCCGAACAUUGUGACGAGUGAUCUCCCUGUGGAGGACCAAACUUUACGACCGUUUGAGAAGGCCUAUGACAAGUAUGGUGCGCCGGGCCUCCGCGAGGUUGCCUCUGGGAAAUUUUUCUACAACAUGGAGAUUGUGACCAUCGAAAAGCGCCUGUCAAAUGGCUAUUACAAGCGCUCAAGCGAUUUCCUGGCGGACAUCAAACGGAUUGCGAAGGAUGCUCGUCAGCUGGAGGACCAGGAACGGCUGUUGCGAGCGAAUGAACUUCUGUCCAAUGUCGAGGUCGAUGUUUCUACUAUCGAACAAAGUGAACCGGCACUUGUCGUUGAGUGCGAAGGUGUUUACCAGCGGGAGCUGGCUCGGGAGAAGGAAGCUGCUGAGCGUGCGCAACGAGCGGCAGAAGAGCAAGCUGGUUCUCGGCCUGGGUCAGCAAAUGUGCCACAUGGGAACACGGAGUCUGGGCCAUCCUCUGGACCGAUCCGCCUGGGCGAGUUGUUCCCCGAUAAAGACGAGAAAGCUGCGGCACGCCCGGUGACGCCAACACAUCGGUCGACUGUGAGUUUCGCCAACGGAUACCACCACGGUGGUGGUUCGGAUCUUAAUGAGCUUAACCCCAAUGGUGGACUGAGCAAUGGCUCUCACGGGGAUGGAGACGGGGAUGUUACUAUGGCCAAUUCCGAGGAUCACACCGGCAGCAAGGAGACGCAGACCAGCUCGUUUGGGCCUUCUGCGCAGCCGAAGCCGCCGUAUUCGCACACUGCGCCAUCUCAACAGGUCCGCCGUGAGUCCGGUCUCUCCAGCUUCUCACAGCAGGGGCCCAUGACGCCCAUGGCACCUGGAUCGCAGCCCGCCGACUACACCAACGAAGCAUCCACCACGCAGACGACGUCCGACAAGAAGUCCUCCGAGCAUUCGAACCAGCAAUACUACACCCAGAGUCCUCCUGUCUCGCGGCACGAGUACCCCGACCUCAUGCAGUAUCCUGAUCGCGUAUCACAGGACGAGCAUUUGCCCGACACCCAGCCGGGUGGCAGUCAGCCCUCUCCCCGUCCCCGGGACUCAUUGUCUGGCCCUGUAGAUGCCAGUCACUCAGAGAACAGUGGAUUGAAUGGGAGCCAGUCCCAGCCGAAACCGCAACCACCACUCUUCGAUGCAUCCACGCAUGGGACCAAUGCCUCGGCCAACCUGCAAUCGCUGCUCAAUGAGGAGCCGCCCACCCAGCUAGUCCUGGACUCUUCCUACGUUGAACACCUGCAUGCGCAGCUGACGCACCUGACCAGCGGCUGCUCCGUUGAGCAACUGGAGCAAAUCAACACCAGCUUGAUGGACUACGUGUGGCGCAUGCGCAGCGAAUGGAACCGUACCAAUGUGGCCCAGGGUGUAACCGAGACCUUCAACGCCGUCUUGGAGGAUAUGCAGGCCAUGCAGGAGAUCGGUCCGAUCAGCCAACACGCCAAGGAGCAGCUGGGCCACCCGAGCUUUGCGACAUGA